UAUCAAGAAUUCAUUGCCAAAUCGAAUUUGGAUACUGAAAAUGUCUUGGUCGUUCUCAACGAAAUUGGAGAGAAACGAACGAAUGACGGCGCUAUUUCCGGAUUUGAAUUGCCACCCCCACUAUCAUCAGCGGCCUGUGUUGCAUGUAAUCUCCAACAUGAUGGCGAACAAUUACGCUUGGAGUUCAAUCAGUUUCUCGUGGCAAUCAUUGCUAAGAGCGAAGGAAUAGAUUGA